AUGAUGCAGCUAAUAGCGAGGACCAGCAAUCGUGUCUUCGUCGGCCUGCCUUGGUGCCGGAAUCAGGCUCUUCUUGACCAUGGUAUAGGAUUGCAUGCCGUCAGACUCCUCAAUCGUAAGGAUGACGAUCUCGAGAAGAAACUCGGCACGACUGAACCAAACGAUUUUCUUCAAUGGUCGAUUCACCGAGCACGCGACUCUGGAAUCGGAGUCGAACAAGACCCAGAUAUCAUCGCGGAAAGAAUCCUCUCUGUGAACUUCGCCGCGAUCCAUACGUCAACAUUCAGCAUCACAAACACAAUCUUCGAUCUUCUCGCCUCAGACCCCUCAUCGGGUUAUAUUCGUCACCUACGAGAUGAAGCUCAAUCCACAUUGGUCCAUGGUAAUGGCGUGUGGACGAAACAAGGGAUCGCCAAGAUGUACAAGACCGACUCUACCCUACGAGAGUCGACACGUCUCGGCUCAUUCCUCGGUGCAGGGUUGUUGCGUAAGGUAGUAUGUCCUGACGGCAUCACCGCUCCCAACGGCACAAUCUGUCCGUUUGGAAGCAUGGUCUCCGUCCCGACCAACGGCAUCCACAACGACCCGAAUCACUACCCGGAUGCAGCAACCUACCGACCCUUCCGUUUCUCGUCACAACGAGAAGGUGAGUCAGAGGAGAAACAGACCUCCACGUCUGGCCUCCACGUCGAUACGGACGAGUACAUUAAAAAGGCCAAUCUCAGCUUCGUCAGCACGUCGCCCAUCUACCAUCCCUUCGGCCACGGUCGACACGCCUGCCCAGGCCGGUUUUUCGCGGCCAACGAGCUAAAACUAAUACUGGCGUACAUGGUGCUCAACUAUGAGUUUGACACACUUUCUUCGAGACCAGAAAGCAUAUGGAUUGGGACAUCAUUGGUUCUGCCCAUGAAGGCAACGAUCAGAAUACGGCGCAGGUCCGCCGGCUAUCGAUCAUAA